UUCAUAUUACAACUGGCUUUUGAAUUCUUUUGCACGGAUACUGUAACACAGUGUACUCUUCUUCCAGUUUCUUUCAAUUCUUUCUGUUUGAAAGUCUAUUGUUCUGAUGAAUCAAUAUCUCUUUCUGUGUUUCUGACAUUAAACUUCUCUUUGAACCCAAGUCUCCUCACUGGUUGCCGGGUGGUUUUUCUUUCCACUUCACUCUCUGUCUGUAGUUUUUUCUUUGAAAUAAAAUAAUAAAAAGACCAUCUUUUUCUGUCUUGUUUUAUUUAUUCUUAUCUUCUUUGCUUCAUAAGCUCUGCCAUUAAUCCAAUUCCUCCAUCUUUGUUUCUAUUCUUCUUGUUUUCCUUGUUCUUUUGGGGGCAUCUAUUGUGUGAUGGACUGUUCAGAUUCUUGAUUUUUGUAAAGCCACUGAAGUUCAUUUGAGUGUGGAAAGAUGAGAGCUUGUGAUGUAUUGAGACUGGUUUUAGUUACUUGUGGAUUCUUUUUUGUGGUUCCCUCAGAUGAAGUGAAAGCUCUUACUAAGUUUAAGGAAUCUAUAAAUGGGGACCCAUUUCGGGUUUUAUCGAAUUGGAAUGCCUCAGAUUCAGAUCCUUGUCAUUGGAAAGGCAUUUCUUGUUCUAAGCCUGGAGAUCAUGUCAUAAAAAUUAAUAUUUCUGGGGCAUCUUUGAAGGGUGUUCUUGCACCAGACUUGUACCUAAUCUCUUAUUUGGAAGAACUUAUUCUGCAUGGAAACCUACUCGUAGGCGAAAUACCAAAGGAAAUCGGGUUGUUGAAAGGCCUUAAAGUCUUGGACCUCGGGGCUAACCAGUUGAUAGGAUCGAUUCCUCCUGAAAUCGGCAAUUUAUCCCGUGUUACGAAAAUAAUCCUUCAAUCCAAUGGGUUAACUGGGAGUUUACCCCCCGAGCUUGGCGGUUUGAAAUACCUUGAGGAGCUUCGGGUGGACAGGAAUAAGCUCGAGGGGAUAGUGCCAGCCAGUAAUGACUCAGAUUUCACAGCCAGUUUACGUGGGAUGCAUACCCCCGGUGGCAACACAAUUGGCCUUUGUCGAUCAUCUCAACUUAAAGUUGCUGAUUUCUCCUUUAACUUCUUUAGUGGAAUUAUUCCUAAGUGCUUGAGUUAUCUUCCAAGCUCGAGCUUUCAAGGGAACUGCCUUCAAGUAAAAGAAAUUAAACAGCGCCCUGCUGCCCGAUGUGCCAGUGCUCCUCAGGUGAAAAACAGUCCUGGAGUCAACAACACUACACAAAACCCCGUUGAAGAUUUGGCUAAGCAUCGGUCUGGUUCAAAGCCUACGUGGCUUUUAGUGCUGGAAGUGGUGACCGGAAUCUUGGCAGGAACGCUAUUUCUAGCAGCUCUUCUGACAGCCUUUCAGAAGUGCAAGAAGAAACCGUCGAUUAUUAUCCCUUGGAAGAAAUCGGAUAGCCAGAAAGACCACCUUACAAUUUAUGUAGAUACUGAGAUGCUGAAGGAUGUAGCGAGAUAUAGCAGACAGGAACUGGAGGUAGCAUGUGAAGAUUUCAGUAACAUUAUUGGAUCUUCGCCCGACAGCUUGGUCUACAAAGGUACCAUGAAAGGUGGACCUGAAAUUGCUGUUAUUUCCCUGUGUGUCAAUGAAGAGCAUUGGUCGGCCCAUCUCGAGCUUUAUUUUCAGAAAGAGGUAGCAGAAUGUGCUAGAAUAAAUCACGAAAAUACAGCAAAACUGCUGGGUUACUGUACCGAAAGCAGUCCAUUUACGAGGAUGUUGGUGUUCGAGUAUGCAUCGAAUGGGACACUAUACGAACACUUGCAUUAUGGAGAAGGCUGCCAGUUAUCCUGGACGAGACGAAUGAACAUUAUUAUCGGCAUCGCUAAGGGGCUAAAAUAUCUCCAUACUGAACUCAAUCCACCGUUCACCAUAUGUGAACUGAAUUCAAAAUCUGUGUAUCUCACAGAAGAUUUUUCUCCAAAGUUGGUUGAUUUCGAUAGCUGGAAGACAAUACUCUCGAGAUCAGAGAAGAGCUCGGGUUCUAUCAGCAGUGAAGGUGCAGUGUGUGUCCUAUCGAGUUCACUAGAGAGACGCCAUCUUGAUGUCCAGGGUAACAUCUACGCCUUUGGAGUGCUGCUACUGGAAAUAGUCAGUGGCAGACCGCCAUACUGCAAAGACAACGGGUCCAUAGUAGAUUGGGCUAAGGAAUUCCUUGAAGUGCCGGAGGUGAUGUCAUACGUCGUGGAUCCUGAGUUGAAGCAUUUCAGAUAUGAAGACCUAAAAGUAAUCUGUGAUGUGGUAAACUUGUGCAUACAUCCAAGCUGCAGCAGCAAAACGUCGAUGAGCGAUCUGUGCAACAUGCUGUUGAGGAAUAUCGACACGUCUGUAUCUGUGGAAUUCAGAGCUUCUUCUUUAGCAUGGGCUGAGCUUGCCCUUUCAUGAUAGCAGACAACUAACAGUUCAAAAUUAGUAGUAUACAAAUGUAAUAUCUUCUCUUUUUUUCAUUUCUUUCCAUUGUUUUCAGUUGUGUGUGAGUUUGUGCAAAUUUUAUUUGCCAUAGAGGAGUUAAUGCACUGGUGUGAUCUGGAUUUUUUGUUUUUUUGUAAAUUACCAGAACAUCAGCCAGUAU